CAUUCAAAGAUACCUUUGCAGUCUCAAGCCUAGUAAAUAUUGUAAUUUUCCAAUUAAGAAAAUUGUUAUUAAUUUACAAAUAAUGCUUAUUAUAUAUAUAUCAAAGUAUUUCUAAUCUUCAUUACAUUAAGUAGUAAAUAAAACAAAGUUCAUAAAUGAAUUGAACACUCUAUGUCAAGUUUUAUAACCUAAACAAAUAAGAUUUUCUAUAAAUAAUUAUAAAAAUGCGAUUAUCCUUACGUUUAUUAUCGUCUGUUGUGCAGAAAAGACCUUUUUAUAUUACAACUCCGAUUUUUUACGUAAAUGCCGCACCUCACUUGGGCCACUUAUAUACAGCUGUAGUGGCUGAUGCGAUACAACGGUUUGAGAAACUAACAAAUCCUGAUUGUAAUGUUAUAUUUAGCACAGGAACAGAUGAACAUGGUACUAAAAUCCAGCAAGCGGCUGCUCAGGCUAACCUUCCUUUACAGAACUAUUGCAAUAACAUCUCCCAGGAAUACAGAGAUCUUUUUGACGAGUUUGAAGUAGGAUACACAGAUUACAUUAGAACAACUGAGGAGAGGCAUAAAAGAGCUGUGCGCCACUUUUGGAAGAAGUUAGUAAAACAAGACUAUAUUUAUAAGGCGAAAUAUGCUGGCUGGUACAGUGUUAACGAUGAAGCAUUUGUUCCUGAGUCGCAUACUAGAGAGGAAAUUACUAAAGAUGGAAAGAUAAAAGUGUCCGUAGAAUCAGGCCACCAACUGGAAUGGACUGAGGAGACAAACUACAUGUUUAGAUUAAGUGCAUUCAAAACACAUCUCCAAGAAUGGCUGAAACCAGAUGGAGUAAUCCAACCCAGUAAGUUCCAGAAACAACUUCAAGACUUUCUCGCAAGCGAUGCCUACUUCCCCGACAUCUCUGUCAGUCGUCCUUCUUCCAGAGUGCAUUGGGCUGUGCGGGUGCCGGAUGAUGAAGAGCAAAGUAUAUAUGUUUGGCUUGACGCCCUGAUCAAUUACUUGACUGUAUGCGGCUACCCGGACGAGGAGCAACUGAUGUCCCGGAGGGCUUGGCCGGCUGAUGUCCAUGUCGUUGGAAAGGAUAUUUUAAAGUUCCAUGGCAUCUACUGGCCGGCGUUCCUGAUGGCGGCUCGCUGGCAGCCGCCGAGACGCCUCGUGUGCCACUCGCACUGGACCGUGGACGGCAGCAAGAUGUCCAAGUCGCUGGGCAACGUCGUGGCGCCCCGCAGUGUGCCGGCGCCCGCCGCGCUGCGCUACGUGCUGCUGCGGGAGGCCACCCUGGCGGACGACGCCAACUACAGCGAGACGAAGCUCGUGAACAUCGCGAACUCGGAGCUGGCGGACACGCUGGGCAACCUGGCCAGCCGCGCGUGCGGCGCCGCGCUCAACCCGCGCCACGAGCUGCCGCCGCCGCACGCGCACGAGCUGCGCGACGUCGCGCGCCGCGAGCCCGCCGCGCGCCUGCUGCGCGCCCUCGAGCGCCUGCCCGAGAUCUGCCACCAACACUACUCGAGCUACCAGUUCUAUAAAGGCGUGGACGCAGUCAUCCACGUGUUGCAUUUGGCUAACCUGUUCUUCGAAACCAUGAAGCCGUGGGAGCUUAAGAAGAAACCGGAGGGGCAGAAGGAGUUGGACGUCGUGCUCCACGUCACGCUGGAGACUCUGAGGAUAUGCUCGAUUAUAUUGCAACCUAUCAUACCGAGUCUAUCGGGUCGACUCUUAGAUAAAUUACAAGUGCCUAAAGACUGUAGAUACUGGCAGCACUGCGAGAGACCUUCGUGGAGGAUAAAAGGCGCCAUAUUCGAAACUAAAAAUAUUCAAAGUGGUAAAUUCGUGUUAUUCCAACGGAUAUAUGUGGAUAAGAAAAAUGUUCAGAAGAAGAAAGCGAUUGUGUAAAUAGAAGUUUGAAAGACUGUUUUAUAAAUUGAGAUUAGUGAUACAUAUAUAUUAUAUAUAUCAUCAAGUUAUACAUUUAUUUAUUGUUGUAUAUAAAAUGUUUAGUUAUUUUGUUUUUAACAUGCUCAAUAGUUCUUGUAAUAGAUUUCUUUUUGCUACGAGAAAUUCUUGGAAAAUGGUGCCAUUUAAUGGAGCGGUUAAGCGAGUUUCCGUGCAUGUAACCGCACCUUAAGAUAUUCCAAUGAAUCUCUAGAUAUUAUAUAUAUUAUCAUAUUUACUCAAAAUCUUUGUUUUCUUGGUAACAAAAAUCAGAUAUAUUUUUAGGAACCAUUGACUGGUGCAUUUAUAUAAAAAAAUAUCAAUUAUUAACGUGUUCGACUGAUUUCGUCAUUAGUUGUGAAUAUAGUUUGUUAAAUAAAAGAUUUUAAUAUUA